AUGAAGUAUUACGGAAACUCCAAGAUGUACCAGAUACAGCACAUGUCCUGUCUAGUCCGCCGACUCCAGGAUUCGAAAGUCAGUGUCACGUGUCUUCAUCCAGGUGUGGUGGCUACAGAGAUAAAUAGAAAUUUCAGUGACAUGCGAUGCUUUCACUGCACAAUCGAGUGUAUGAACAAUGCAGGUUGUUUUAAGUCGUCUUAUCAACGGGCGAUAACUCUGAUCGACGCGGCAGUCAACCCCAAGUGGAAUGGCGUCAGUGACGUAUACUUUGUGAAGACUAAACCAGCAGCAACAACUAGUGCAGCGAGAAACAAGCAAUACCAAGAGGACCUUUGGAAGUACUCCCUGCAUUGUUUACAGGAUUAUUUGUCUGAUGACGUCAUAUCCGCAUGGGAAGGACUCAAAUAG